AUUGGAUGGAAGUUACCCCUAAGCUCCCAUACCUAAGUACCUAAAGUACCUCCAUCCCAAUAACAAAUCUAUUUUCAUACUUCACUUAUUAGACCCUCUAGUCAAAGUUCAUCUAAAUUCAUAAAGGAGUUCAGUAACUCUUGGAAGCAUAUCAAAAUGGCGGAGGCCAUUCAUGAACCCAUCCAACUUUCAUUCCCCUUGCCGAAGUCUUUGGAUACACGGAUCCAUCUGCGAUUGGACAUUAAGUCAAAGGUUAUUACAUUGUUUCUCACAACUGUUGCUGCAGACGAGGAAGAUCAAGCAGCUCCUCUAGGAUCUUUUGUCUAUGCUUUACCGGACAAAUAUAACCCAAGCCAGCCGCUCUCAACAACUAUCUUCGCUGUAGAAGCUACAUUAGAGUUUACUACACGCCUGGCUAAAAUUCUAGCCAAGAAGACGCAGAUGCCAGUGUAUGUGGGUAAUUCCAUCAGCUUCGCCAACACCGGACUGGGUGGCACGGUAGAGGAGGAAAUGGAAGCUUUGAAAAAAGUCGUCGACGUUUCACUUGAUAAACUUCAAGGCGUUAUCAAAGUACCUAGCGCCCUACCAAACGGAACAGGUAGUUCUUGAGAAAAUUAUCAACACGUAUAAUGACUACCUAGAGAUUAUCUACUUACUGGUAUUGAUACUCUCGUCCGAAAUCUCGUAUCGCCGGUAUUCCGGAAAGCGAAAUCAGUUAUGCAAGCUUCUUGAAAGGUAGCCGAGGGUCUUUCAACAUACAGGCUUCAAGAAAUUUUCGACUUCAGAGAGCUGUCUGAGCGUCGAGUACCAUACAUAGGUAUCAAUAGGCUAUAGACUGUAUAAGUUACUACGCAAGAUUAUUCUCUAUGGACAUGGAGAUAUACUAAACCUUCUAAAGGGUAUGAUGACUUGGUUUUAAGCAGAAAUUAGCGUCUUAAGAUGUAGGAAAUCGGCCCUUAUAUCAUCAACCUAUGGGGCGUAAAACAUUUACCGUGUCGGAUUUAUCUACUUCCACUUCAGAGUUUACAGAGUCUUAGAGACAUCAAUGGUCUUAUUGAACCUAAUAUGAUUAUUAUAAGGCUGAGUUUAAGGACUGUCUCAGAUUUAGUUCACCUACCUCAGGUACACCUAGAGUAACUGUGCUAGACCACCUGAUAUGAGAAUCACGGGCACUUCUAAAACUUUCAUGUCAACCUUUGUUCAAUAUGACCUAUAAUCGGAUAUGGACUAUACACCGUAUCCUCUAUCUAUUUAAACCACCCGAUAUUAUAUUUAGCUCAUAAACAGCGG